GCCCCAGGCAAUCUUUUGCUCUGGUUGGCAGGGAGGGGAGGCUGGCAAGGAAGUAGAUGGAACCAAAAAACCUCUAAAAAGCACUUCUGAAUUUUCUCCUCCUUGGCUUGGAGAAAUACAGACACCGCCUUGGGCUCUGGAAAAAACCCUCCAGCCAACUUUCGUUUCCGCUUUGCUCCAAGAAGAGCUGGUGCUGCUGGUCUCUGCCACCUGCUCUCCUCCUUCUCCUGUGCCCGGAUCCCGCUUGAUCUCUUCCUCGGCCUCUGCCAAGGCCAGCCUCACACCCUCCUCCUCCUCUGCCCCUUGAAGAGGACCGGUACGUGUCUGGUGGGACUUCCGGACAGGCGUCUGCUUACUCCUCCACCUCAGGGAGGACUUUGGAGCUGGCAGGAGCUCAAAAACCUUCCCUUCGAUUUACAACCUCGCCAGCAACUCCCUGAAUAUUCAGAAUAGCAAGGUGAUGUCUUCCCCAAGAGAUCCGAGCCAUCCAGGGCCCAGCCCCACGGCCCCCGAGGAAGGCAGUCAAAUCAGCAUCCCGGGAAUUAUUCGGAAGAAACGAGAUGGUGAGACGCUUCAACCGGAGGAAAUCCGCUACUUCGUGCAAACUCUCGGCAGCGGCAGGUCACGGGAGGGGCAAAUCGGGGCCAUGCUGAUGGCCAUCCGUUGGAGAGGCAUGGAGCUGUCCGAGACGCUGGUGCUGACCCGGGAAAUCGCCGCUUCGGGGACCACCUUGGAGUGGCCGGCCCAGUGGCGAGGGCUGCUGGUGGACAAGCACUCCACGGGGGGCGUGGGGGACAAAGUCAGCCUCCCCCUGGCUCCCGCGUUGGCGGCCUGUGGCUGCAAGGUGCCCAUGAUCAGUGGCCGGGGACUGGGCCAUACUGGAGGCACGCUGGACAAGUUGGAAUCCGUGCCAGGCUUCCGUGUUUCCCAGAGCCCAGAGCAGAUGAAAGAGAUCCUGGAGAAAGUCGGUUGCUGCAUUGUGGAGCAAAGCCAACAUCUGGUCCCAGCCGACAAAGUCCUCUAUGCCCUGAGAGAUGUCACUGCCACGGUAGACAGUCUGCCCCUCAUCAUCAGUUCCAUCCUGAGCAAGAAGGUGGUGGAGAAGGUUUCCGCUCUGGUGCUGGAUGUCAAAUUUGGCAGUGCCGCCUUGUACCAUACUCUGGAGAGCGCUGAGCAGCUCGCCCAAAACCUGGUGUCCGUCGGAAACCAGCUCGGGACGAAAACAGCGGCAAUUCUGAGCAGGAUGGAUGAGCCCGUGGGUGUCCGGGUGGGCAACUCCUUGGAAGUCCUCGAAGCCUUGCAGUGCCUGGAAGGAGGUGGCCCCGGGGACCUCCGUGAGCUGGUCACCACACUAGGGGGCAUCUUGCUGUGGCAGAGCGGGCGCGCCGACUCUGUGCCCGCAGGGGCCACCCAGAUCGGCCAAGUCCUGAGCAACGGCGCUGCCCUGCGCACUUUCCAGGCCAUGCUGCGGGCUCAAGGGGUGGAGGCCGAGGUGUCCCGCCUGCUGUGCGAAGGGACGGAGGAGCAGCGUUUGGCAGUGCUGAAACAGGCUGGCACCCAGGAGGAACUGGGGGCUCCAGAAGAAGGGACCGUGCAGCAGAUCCAGGCUCUGCCCAUCGCGCAGGUGCUGCAUGGCUUGGGAGCUGGGCGGACCCAGGAGGGGCAGAGGGUCAACCCCCGAGUGGGCGCGGAGCUGCUGGUCUCCACGGGGAAGCGAGUGGCCAAAGGAACUCCAUGGAUCCGAAUCCACUACGAUACCCCCAGGCUGAGCCAGACCCACCGAGAAACCCUACAGAAGGCCCUGAUUCUGGGGGACCUGGAGCCCUUCACCCCUGCCUCCAAGGUGGUGAAAAUACUCCUUCCUACCAAAGAGCCAGCAAGGACUGGGUCACAGGGGGAGAGGAAGGGGAGAGAGCAGGCCCUGGACCAGCCAGAAGGAGGAGGGUUUCAAGAAGAGGCUGGACAGCCACUUGUCUGAAAUGGUCUAGGACAGUGCUUCUCAACCUUGGAUGCUUGAAGAUGG